ACCUAGUGCCAGGCACAAGCCGGCCGGAUUCAAGACCCGUUUUCUCGACGUCAUCUCCGGUCAUCAGAAAAUAAACUUGCAUACAACAUCGCGCAGGCGGCAGAACAAGAAACACAGGGAGUUCUGGUCGAUAUGGAAGUCGACAUCUCUUAAACAUUUCCACGCUUUGCAGCGCUCCCGUCGCUCGCCAUGAGCGCUGCAAGGAUUUUAAGCCGGAAUUUCCGGGUCACAGCUUUCGCUGCGGCUGCGUACACCGGCAUUCACACCUCUACUCGAAGAUCAGCCCCGAUCAAGCUCGAUAGCCCGCCUGGUUCGAAUGUUCUGCAAGAUGCUGUCCUCGUCGGGCAUGGGCGACGAUUGCAGAGCAACCUCUCCCAUGUGGAAGACCCCAAAAAUACCACUAAACGAGGCGACGCGGGACUGAUUGGCGAACCCGAUGAGCAUGAACAAUACUCUCCCGCCUUUGAAGAUGAGGACCAAAAUUCAUGGCAAUCCUUUUCGCGCAAAUUCGACAAUCUAAGAGUAGACAUCGCAGAGAUACAGUGGAGCUCCUUAGGGGACAGAUUUACCGAUUGGGUCCUCCCAAGUUGGGCAAAGGCAAUCCCGGACGGCAUUACCAAACUACAGAUGGAAUUGUCCAUGCAGCCAGGAUCUCUUGCAGACGAUAUAUGGCAAGAAGCUCAUGACCCUUCCAUAAACCAAGAGAUCCUCUGGAAUGCAAAAGUGCGGGUUGGCGACACGCUGGGCCAGGACGAACUCAACUUCCGGCUCAAGAGGAAGGAGCAUGUCGUCAAGGCGCUGGCGAAGUAUUUGGAGAUUGACGAGCAGGAAAUCCACCCGGACGAUGUUCCUACCAUCGCCAUGUGUGGAAGUGGAGGUGGCCUGCGAGCAUUGGUCGCCGGCACCAGCAGCUAUUUGUCCGCUCAAGAGGUCGGUCUGUUCGACUGUGUCACAUACACCGCUGGAGUCAGUGGAAGUUGCUGGCUGCAAACACUUUUCUACUCGUCGAUAGGAAGGCAAGAUCACAGGACGAUGCUCAAGCAUUUCAAGUCACGAUUGGGAACGCACAUAGCCUUCCCUCCAGCGGCGCUGAAGCUGGUCACAAGUGCACCGACCAAUAAAUUCAUCCUGAGCGGCUUCAUUGAACGACUGAAGGGAGAUCCGAAUGCGUCCUUCGGAAUGGUCGACAUUUACAGUCUUCUUCUCGCAGCGCGUCUCCUGGUGCCGCACGGUGACCUCGAUGUGCACGAUUACGACCUGAAAUUGUCCAAUCAACGCAUGUACAUUGAAAACGGUCAAUACCCAAUGCCCAUAUACACUGCUGUGCGUCACGAGAUUCCUGUCGACGAGGACGAGAAGGAGGAAGCGAAAGACAACCCUGAACUCAAAGAAAAGAUCAGGGAGAAGGCUCGAAAAGAAGCCUGGUUUCAAUGGUUUGAGAUGCAUCCCUGGGAGGUAUGGUGCGAAGAGUUUGGCGCCGGCAUACCGACUUGGAGUUUAGGCAGGCCGUUCAACGAAGGAAAGAAUCAAAUUAUCGAAACUGGUGUCGCCCUGCCCGAGAUCCGACAGAGUCUAUUGCUCGGGAUAUGGGGGUCGGCAUUUUGCGCGACUCUCUCCCACUACUACAAGGAGGUUAAGCCUGCAUUGGGCGGCAUAGUAGGAUUCGCCGGUCUCGAUGGAUUAUUGGAAGACAAGAAUGACGAUCUGAUCAAGAUCCACCCAAUCGAUCCGGCGACCGUCCCAAAUUUUGUCUAUGGAAUGAAAGGCAAACUGCCAUCGACGUGUCCGGACUCGGUCUUCCAGAACGAUCAUCUCCAACUCAUGGACGCCGGGAUGAGCAAUAACCUCCCCAUAUACCCUCUGUUGCGACCGGGUCGGGACGUCGACGUGUUGAUUGCUUUUGACGCCUCGGCUGACAUCCAAAAGGAGAACUGGCUGUCCGUGGUAGACGGGUAUACCAAGCAACGCGGAAUCAAAGGGUGGCCCUUGGGCGCGGGUUGGCCCAGACCGUCGUCGAAACCGCAGGAAAAUGCGCAGGCUCUCGCCGAAGCACAGGAAACGUCUCCACAACAGGCGGCCACUAAACUUGCUGAAGCACGGGAGGAAGACCGGAAGGAGAAGGCAGAAGCAGACACGGAGAGUCCGACCACAGGCAAUGCCCCUGAUGCCGAAACCGCCCUGGGUCCGUGUAGUGUUUGGGUUGGCACCAAAUCCGAACGAUCAAGUGAUAAGGAACCACCGCCGUCGAAACGUCUGGCGUGGAGUAGUCCCGACGACUCCACGUUUCAUCUGUCGCAGCCCGAGGCCGGUAUUGCGGUGGUUUACUUCCCCUUGCUACCGAAUCCAAAAGUCGAGGGCGUCGAUCCGGAUAAGAGCGAGUACAUGUCGACAUGGAAUUUUAUUUAUACCCCCGAACAGAUUGACAAGGUCGUGGCGCUGGCGAGGGCGAAUUUUCAAGAGGGAGCCGACGCCACGAAGAGGACUGUACGGGCUGUUUAUGAGCGCAAGAAGAAGAUUAGGGAGGAGAGGGAAGCGAAGGAUCAGUUAAAGGCGUGGAGGAGAAAGUUUAGAGAGACCGGGGACCAUUUUGUAUGAUUUUCAUGUCCGCGUGAUACCCAUAGACGCGCAUAGAUAGGCAUUCGGCGGCGUAUGGAAUGAUCAGAGAAUAGAUAAUGUCGUUCUGUAACGCUCGAAGGGAGUUUAUGUGCUCCUUACAAUGCUUUGUUCGUCACUCGAGAAAUCGCCACGGUUCUGUGCUAGUGGACACCGUUCGUGCAGAUACCUUAUGCAGACAGCGUGGAAGCAAUGUUGAAGACGUUCACGUAUUCGAACUCAUCAAUACUCUUGUCGCUUGUUCUCCGCCGUGAAGUAUGGGAGCUCGAAGCUGAUCUGC